AGAGAGAGAGCGCGCGGGAGAGCGAGGCUCCUACUCUACAGCGCGCGGGGCUCGUGCAGCAUCAGAUAUGUGAGCGGCGGGAAGCAGCUCUGCCUCGCGCUGCAGGAGGACGGCAGGAUGGCGGGAGGACGGCGGGGUCUCGUGGCCCCUCAGAACACGUUCCUGGAGAACAUCGUCCGCCGGUCCAACGAUACCAACUUCGUGCUGGGGAACGCUCAGAUCGUGGACUGGCCCAUCGUCUACAGCAACGACGGCUUCUGCAAACUGUCCGGUUACCAUCGAGCUGAGGUGAUGCAGAAGAGCAGCACCUGCAGCUUCAUGUACGGAGAGCUGACUGACAAGGAGAUGACUGAAAAGGUUCGACAGACCUUUGAGAACUACGAGAUGAACUCCUUUGAGAUUCUGAUGUACAAGAAAAACCGGAUGCCAGUUUGGUUUUUCGUGAAGAUUGCACCGAUCCGAAACGAGCAGGACAAAGUGGUCCUCUUUCUCUGCACUUUCAGUGACAUCACCGCUUUCAAGCAGCCAAUCGAGGACGACUCUUCAAAAGGUUGGGGUAAAUUCGCCCGUCUGACUCGUGCGUUGACGAGCAGUCGAGGAGUUCUUCAGCAGCUCGCUCCGGCUGUCCAAAAAGGAGAGAACGUCCACAAACACUCACGGCUGGCUGAGGUUCUCCAGCUGGGCUCAGACAUCUUGCCCCAGUACAAACAGGAAACCCCGAAGACGCCGCCGCACAUCAUCCUGCACUACUGCCUCUUCAAGACCACGUGGGACUGGGUCAUCCUCAUCCUCACCUUCUACACCGCCAUCAUGGUGCCCUACAAUGUCUCCUUCAAAACCAAGCAAAACAACGUCACCUGGCUAGUGGUGGACAGCAUCGUGGACGUCAUCUUCCUCGUCGACAUCGUCCUCAAUUUCCACACCACCUUCGUCGGCCCGGCCGGGGAGGUCAUCUCUGACCCCAAACUUAUCCGCAUGAACUAUGUCAAGACCUGGUUCGUCAUCGACCUGCUGUCCUGCCUGCCUUAUGAUGUCAUCAACGCUUUUGAGAACGUCGACGAGGGGAUCAGCAGUCUCUUCAGCUCUCUCAAAGUGGUCCGCCUGCUGCGUUUGGGUCGGGUCGCCAGGAAGCUGGACCACUACAUCGAGUACGGUGCCGCCGUGCUGGUUUUACUGGUGUGCGUGUUCGGCCUGGCAGCCCACUGGCUGGCCUGCAUCUGGUACAGCAUCGGAGACUACGAGGUGAUCGACGAGGACACCAACAGCGUGAGGAUGGACAGCUGGCUGUUCCUGCUGGGGGAGACGGUGGGGACGCCGUACAGGUUCAACGCCUCGGGCUCUGGCCGCUGGGAGGGCGGGCCUAGCAAAGACUCGGUCUACAUCACCUCGCUGUACUUCACCAUGACCAGUCUGACCAGCAUCGGCUUCGGGAACAUCGCACCAAACACGGAUGGAGAGAAGAUCUUCGCCGUGGCCAUGAUGAUGAUUGGAUCGCUGCUGUACGCCACCAUCUUUGGUAACGUCACCACCAUCUUCCAGCAGAUGUACGCCAACACCAACCGCUACCACGAGAUGCUCAACAGUGUGCGAGACUUCCUCAAACUCUACCAGGUCCCCAAAGGCCUGAGCGAGCGGGUGAUGGACUACAUCGUGUCCACCUGGUCCAUGUCCAGAGGCAUCGACACUGACAAGGUUCUGCAGAUUUGUCCGAAGGACAUGCGAGCGGACAUCUGCGUCCACCUCAACAGGAAGGUGUUUAAGGAACACCCAGCGUUCCGACUGGCCAGUGACGGCUGCCUGCGAGCCCUCGCCAUGGAGUUCCAGACCGUCCACAGCGCUCCAGGUGACCUCAUCUUCCAUGCCGGAGAGAGCGUGGACAGCCUCUGCUUCGUGGUGUCGGGGUCACUGGAGGUCAUCCAGGACGAUGAGGUGGUGGCCAUUUUAGGUAAAGGCGAUGUGUUUGGCGACGUGUUCUGGAAGGAGAUGACGUUGGCACAGUCGUGCGCUAACGUGCGGGCGUUGACCUACUGCGACCUCCACAUCAUCAAACGAGACGCGCUGCAGAAAGUCCUGGAGUUUUACUCCUCCUUCGCAAAUCACUUCGCCAGAAACCUGGUGCUCACCUACAACCUGAGGAAGAGGAUCGUCUUCAGGAAGAUCAGUGAUGUGAAACGUGAGGAGGAGGAGAUGUUGAAGAGAAAGAACGAGGCUCCUUUAAACCUCCCUCCGGAUCACCCGGUCAGACGGCUCUUCCAGCGUUUUCGGCAGCAGAGGGAGGCAAGGCUCGCCAUGGAGCGGGCCGAACAGGGCGCCCGUGACGUGGAGAAAGGUGUCAUUCGCCUGGAGCCAGCCAGGGGUCCAGAGGUCCUGGCCUCCACCAGUAUAGUCAUGGUGACGGAGAGCCCAGCCACACCCACCACCUCCUCAACAUCCAUCGCGCCCUCUUCAUCCAGGACCUCAAGCCGAGUUAUGCUCCACACUCCCGCCACCCAAAAUGGAAACCUGGUUGGCUGCAAAUCUGCAGAGCCGCCGAAAGCUAAAGGCUGGGGACGAUUCAAGGAAUCUGUCGUGAAAGCCGAGUCGUGGAGCAGCGUCUCUAAGGCCGAAUCCAUGGAGACGCUGCCCGAUAGAACUAAGUCUCAGGAUGAGAUGUCCCUCAAGAAAACCGACUCCUGUGACAGCGGCAUCACAAAGAGCGACCUCCGGUUGGACAGUGUCGGCGAAGCGAGAACACCACAGGAGCAAAGCCCGGUCCAGUCUGACGAGAAGAGGGUCUUCUGUCCAAUUCCAGAGCAGAGCAUGCAAGCCUCCUUCCUGGAGCUGAAACAGGAGUUAAGAGGAGACAUCAGAUCUCUGAACAGUCGCAUGGCGGCGCUUGAGACUCAGCUGGCUGAGAUGCUGCGACUCCUCAAAUCCAGAAAGUCAUCUGGCUCCUUCUUCGAGAUCUCGCGGCCUCCUUCCCCUGACUCUGAUAAGGACAGCUUCUCCUAAACUGGACACAGAGUCGGUCCACAGGAACUCGACCCUUUUGGCCUCCAGAUGUCAGAGAAGACCGUCUGACACAAAAGCACUUUGUUACGUUCAUGGCAACGCUCUGUGUCAAGAUGUCAAACGGGAAAGAGGAUGAAGCUGAUUUUUACUUUGAUCAGAGACUUUAGAGUCAUGACAGUCAUGAUGGCACCUUUGGUCCUCAGGAGGAUUUGGACCUUCUCAUGAUUUUGGCAAUAAUAAGAGAUGGCUUUAACGUUGUUUCAAACAGGGCUGUGACACUGUGAUGAAGGACAUUGCGUACUAAGGGUUGGUGAUUCAGUGGCUUUGCCCCGGUCUUGUGAGUUCUGGUCCACAAAGUCUGUUUAGCCGUUCCGAACCUUCAGAUACUCGAUUCAAGAGGACAGAUGAAUCUCAAACCUCUUAAACCAACAAAAUGAUGAUGGCGUCCAUGAUGUCACAGAUUCCACGUAUCAUAGGCUGUUUUUUCUGAUAGUACUGCAUGACAUCAUAUCAAAGCAUUGCUCUGUGAUUGGUUGUUAAGAGCGUCAAUCAAAAGACGGACAUUCAGUGUAAGCAGAAGGCUAUUGAACUUGUUAAAGGACAUUGUGGGCCAGAGUUUCGGUUGAUGGUUCAGUUCACCGGGCGUCAGAAUGUUCCCACCUUCAUGCAGACUAAACACUGUGUGUACAGACUUUGAUGUUUGGGAUGUUCGUUGGCGUUUUUAUAUCCAAAAUGAAUGUGAAAGAUUUGAUGCAGCUCGGUGACAAUGAGGCCCUCAAUAUGUCUGAUGUCUAAUUCCUGCACAGAGCUGGACAUUUGAUUGGUUAGUCUGGAUUCUUAGUUUUUAUAAAUAAAAUCGGUGUAUGCAUGUUUCCAUGUUGAUUCAGCUCUGAUUGGAGGCCGCCAAGUUAACACAUCCCAAUUCAAACAUAAAACGAAUCUUACUGCUUCAGUGCAGAAGAUCACACAUGUUGGAUGGUAAUAUUUCUGAUCUCUGAAUGCGUCUGAAUUCAAGUGGAAUAUGUUUUUACUCAUUGUAUGUUCACUCUUUCGUUAAGUUGUUUUUAAAGACAUGGUUUACAGUUACACAGUUUAUUGCUAAAGCACGGUUACAUCAUGUUUCAUGCAAAUUGGGUGGGCUGGGCUAACAGACCUGGCAGGGAGCCGCUACGGUGUGUAAAGCUCAGCAGCCACUGUUUGCUUUAAAGAGGCAACAGAUAGGAUUCGGGGUAUUUUUUAGCUUGGCGCCACCUAGCGUCAGCAGUGUUUCGUUGCACUGUUGUAAUGACCAAAUUGAGCGUGGGGAUCAGAGAUAAUGAAUAAAAUGUAGGCUGUAAAGCCACCAGUAUACCUCU